GAAAAAAAAAAAGUUUCUGAAAGAGAUGGGAAACAUUCCAGUUAGGUUUUAUUGUGUCAUCUGUAAAAAGGUCCCACAGUGUACUUUCCUGAUUCAGAUUCCACGCUUCUGCUCUGAGUAAUGUUCCAGCAGGCAGGAUGCUGGGGAUGGGGUGCCCAACACAAAACCCUGCUGGAGCAUUGAGCAGGCUGGACAGUCAGAAAACACAUCUGAAAAGUAUUUGUCUGCAAUAUCAGCUGUAUCUUCUUCUGAACAGCCAUUUCUUUUGCCUUUUAAAGAAUGAGAUGGGACUAAUCAUCUUCUUCCUAUGUGCUUAUGUACCAAAGACAGUAGCAGGUCAUUGCAAGUGGGCAGAAGUUCUGAAAGAUUUGGAGCAGAUCAAGACAUCCAAAGACAUUGAUGUCAGUUUAUAUACUGCAAACACAGAUGAGGGUAAAGAAUGCCAAGAACCUGUAAUAAGAUGCUUUUUCUUAGAGACAGAAGUGAUUCUUCAAGAAUGUCUUAUCAAAAAUUGUAGUAAAACACAGGAUGUAUGGAACGUAUGGAAAAAUGGAAAUGCAAGCUUAGAAAAUAACAAGUUGAAUUCCAAAACAUCAGCAAAAUGCAAAGAAUGUGAAGAGUAUGAAGAAAAAAAUUUUACAGAAUUUAUACAGAGUUUUGUAAAGGUUAUACAGAAGGAAUGCAAACACUGACCAAAUGACACAAGCUGGGAACCAAGAUUCUUCCACGAACAUCCUCAGAGAAAUUAGAUUAUCACCAACAAUAAACUAGAAAGAACAUCACUUACAAUCCUACUUACAUAACAUAACAUGUAAACAAAGAAUAAUAAAAUCCCUGUAAUUCACAAUGUAUUCAUAACUGAAUACAUACAAAUGAUAAUACUUAGGAAAUAUAAAUGAAAGGAAUUUAACAGUGUUUAAAGCUUCUUCUUGACUUAAAGUAAGUCUUUUGGUAAGUCCACCAGAAAAGAAAUCCUGCCUAAUUUACCAACCUUUCAACAAAAUUCUCUAAGAAGAUCUCAGGGUAUCUGCAGUAGGAACCUCCUCAUGAAUAUCAGUUCAGGGCUAACUGAAUGGGGUUUCAGAGAAAAGCUCUUCUUUUAUUAUUAUUCAUA